AUGUACACAAUAACAUCGUGUCUAUCGAAGCGCUUGUUUUUUUCCUCAUACCAAAAAUAUCCAAGCCCAAGAAUUGCUUAUAAACUACUCAAAGAUAGGCAGUCAACAGUCCAGACUAGAGGUGAACAUUUUCUAUCGUCAAGUUUGCCUUUUCCAGUUGUACAGCUGAUCCGGAUAAACUAUUUCUUGUGUGACUUGGUACACGAACUGGUAUACAUUAUAUGUUUCGAAGAGCACUCUGAUGGUCUUGUCCAUGCUUGUUUCAGGCCUCCACCAUUGCCAGAGAUCUGUACUCCGAGACCGCCCGUUGUGGCCAUAUUGGGUCAUGUUGACCACGGCAAAACGACCCUGCUUGAUGCAUUGCGCUCUAGUCGAAUAGUAGACGAAGAAUACGGUGGAAUCACACAACACCUGGCCGCGUUUUCCGUAUCCCUAGCUGAUGUCGCCAAACAGGCCGGUGUCAAAGAUGUUAUCACAUUUCUGGAUACUCCGGGUCAUGCUGCGUUCUCGGCUAUUCGAGCGCGGGGUGCGAAGGCAACUGAUAUAGUGAUUCUAGUGGUGGCUGCUGACGAUGGAGUGAUGCCGCAGACUGUUGAAUCCAUUCGUUUCGCAAAAGAAGCCAAAAGUGAGUCCGUGGAGACGUAUGGUCUUAUUCAUCUGCUUUUUUUUCGGCUUGCGAUUUUCGUGGUUUUCGUUGUCGUCCAAGGCAUAAACCGUAUGCAUUACGUACAGAUUUCCACCCCAUCACAACGAGACUGCACCUUGACGUGGUGUGAUGGCUUGUGCACCUCUCUGACCCAACGAGCUACACAGGAUGGCUUUUGUUAA